UUGUUAUGAAAACAUAUACAUGCUGUUCCAUUUGAUUUCAUUGAGACUUUUAAGCGUUGUGAUUAUGUAUUUACCUGGCAAGAGAGCUGGAUGGAAACUACGCUGACAGUAGAGGAGGGAGAAUUACAGUUUUAGAAAGAGCAUAGUGAGGCUGAGAGAGACUAAGAGGUUUCACUGAAAAAUCAAGAGGUUGCUCCUGGAUGUCAUUAUAUUGGUGGCCCUUCUGCUUCAUUCAUUCUCCUCUAAUUCUUAAUGGUGGUCAAACAGUUUGGACUACUUAAGAGAGUCAGCUGAUCUGUGAAGCUGUACAGGUACCUCCUGCAGGAAGUUAAAGGGAGGACAGAACAAGAAAGCACCAUGUCUUCAGUCUCAGCUUAUUACAAUGGAAAGACCGUACUUAUCACAGGAGCUACAGGUUUCAUGGGCAAAGUACUGGUGGAAAAGCUUCUGCGCUCCAGCCCUGAAGUGAAAGCAGUUUACAUACUUGUCAGGCCAAAGGCUGGACAAUCAAUGCAAGAGAGAGUGGCCAACAUGUUGAAAUGCAAGGUCUUUGACAGGGUCCGAGAAGAUUGCCCUAAUUUCCACGAGAAGAUUAAGCCUAUUAAUGCUGAACUCACUCAGCCCAAGCUGGCCAUCAGUGCUGAAGAUGAGGAGGAGCUUCUGACCCGGGUCAAUAUUGUCUUCCACUGUGCAGCAACAGUUCGCUUUGAUGAACCCCUCAAACAUGCCCUGCAACUGAACGCAAUGGGCACGCAGCGGCUCCUAGAGCUGGCCCGGCAGAUGCAGAACCUCGAGGCCUUCAUCCACAUCUCCACCGCCUAUGCAAACUGUGUCCGAAAAUGCAUAGACGAGGUCAUCUACCCACCCCCGGCUGAACCCAAGAAGCUCUUUGAUUUAGUAGAGUGGUUGGAUGAAUCUAUCAUUCAAGACAUCACACCCAAGCUGCUUGGGGACUGGCCCAACACUUACACCUACACCAAAGCCUUGUCAGAAUACCUGAUUCAGCAAGAGAAAGGAAACUUGAACAUUGCUAUCAUCAGGCCAUCCAUCGUGGGAGCUAGCUGGCACGAGCCUUUCCCAGGUUGGAUUGACAGCUUCAACGGGACAAGUGGAAUAUUUGUUGCGGCGGGCAAAGGGAUUCUGCGGACCGUCAUUGCCAAUAACGAAGCGGUGGCAGACAUGAUUCCAGUAGACGUUGCCAUCAACCUGACCCUUGCAGCCGGGUGGUACACUGCUGUGCACAGACCAAAAAACAUGUUGGUGUACAACUGCACAACAGGUGGAAUCAACCCUUUCUUCUGGGGAGAAAUGGAGCAGUAUGUUAUAUCCACGUUCAAAAGGAACCCCCUGGAGCAGGCCUUCCGAACACCCAACGCUCACUUGACGUCCAACUACUUGAUAAACCAGUACUGGAUAACUGUCAGUCACAAGGCACCGGCCAUACUCUACGACCUGUACAUGAGGCUCACGGGGAGAAAGCCCAGAAUGAUGAAGAUUAUCAAUCGACUGCACAAGUCUAUGAUGCUCCUGCAGUAUUUCUCCACUCAGUCCUGGGAUUGGUCUUCAGAUAAUAUGAAUAUGUUAAUGAGUCACCUUAACACAGAGGACAAAAAGUUAUACAACUUUGAUGUUCGUCAGCUGCACUGGUCAGAAUACAUUGAAAGCUACUGCCUAGGUGCUAAGAAGUACUUGCUAAAUGAGGACAUGGCUGGCAUUCCAGCAGCAAAGCAGCACUUACGAAAGCUGAGGAACAUCCGAUAUGCAUUCAACACCACCCUCCUAGUGAUCAUCUGGCGCAUUUUCAUUGCAAGGUCACAGAUGGCUCGAAACAUCUGGUACUUUGUGGUGAGCCUCUGCUACAAGUUCCUUUCCUACUUCAGGGCAUCCAGCACCCUUAGGCACUGAAGCCGUCCAUCAGCAACCAGCCUCUUCCAGAAGGACCUCCAUCUCCUCUAAUCAGCAACUAUGGGCAUCGGGGUCUGAAAGUAGCAGAAAAAUCCACUCCCUCCAACAGCAGCCUGCAUUUAUUGUGCACUGUUACAUGUUCACCUUUUUAAUUUUAACUAAUGCUUUAAUACAUGGUGGUCUUUCAUCUGUAGGACCAGGCCAAUUUUUAAAGCCAUAACUGAAGCUUUAGGAACAGGUCAAGCUGGAACCGUUCAUCUAGAGUCUGAUGUGCAAGAGUAAGGAUUAACCAAAGUCAUUGUCUUCCCAUGUACUACCUAGGCUAUCUUAAUCCCAUCUUCUUCCUCAAAAGAGGCAAAUUUAAAGCAUACAACCUUGGAAGAAAAGGAUGCCAUCAGAGGAGACCCAGCCAAGGAAAUUAACCUGUAAGAGGUCUUCCUAAAGAGGCUAUUCCUUCAUUCUCAUUCAGUGAAAUGGUACCUUAUUGAAAAACAUGAUGUCACAUUUUCAGUUUUUCAAAACUUAGAGGGGAAAAAAGAUCAGUUACAUUAGGCCAGUGAACACACCGAACAGUUUUCAGAUCUUGUCUUAUAUUGAGGACUGACGCUUUCAAGCCAUAACUGAAGACACACGUAGAAUUCAUGUACCUGUGUUAACUCUACUCACUCAGAAGCUGCUUUCUUAUGGAGAGGUAUUUUUUCUCUGUGUGGUUAAGGUUGCAGUCUAUUAAAAAGCCCUGUUCUUGCAUUUAUCACAUUUGCUUGGAACAUUUUUUUGGCUUGAAAAAUGCUGUAUUUACUCUGAGAAUGAAGAGGAAACUUCUUAAAAGAUUGAAGAAGAAUUCAGAAGCUCUUUAUUAUUUUUGAGGAAUAGCUUUUUUUCUCCCUUGGAUUUGUCUGCAGAAAACCUCUCUCCCUAUAGCUCAAAAAAGGCCUGAUGCUGUCCUUCAUGCUUUCAUUACAGCUAAAUCACUUUGCAGUUGAUCAAUUCCACUGGCAAUGAAAGUGUAAAGACAUGUAUGGAGGAAAUCCCAUCAGGUCAGUUCUGCUGCCACUCCUGGCAUUAGGAACUAAAAAGUCUGAAACCUGUUUUCAUUGCGAAUAGGAAAGGUUUCAUUGACUUCUGUGUAAAAAAAAGUCAUGCAUGGUGAAGGUAAUGCAUUUUGUCCUACCUUGCAGUUUAGAAAGGAACCCAAGGAUCUUCCUAACGCUCAUGGCUAUUGGAGAUACUUGUUUCACCUAGUGAAGUAUGAAUUCCGGGGUGGGGGGGGAGAGAGAGAAAGAGAGCGCCUUCUUCAAAGUAGCUGGUGCAACAACGGCCUUAGUGCAACAGCAACAAAUUCAUCAUGCUAUCAGAUUUUUAAAGUUAAAUCUAGUACUGGAAUAUUUUUUAUUCAGAUAACACCGAAUAAGCACUUUAAGAUUAUCAGACUUCAAAGCAGCUAGUUUUUGAAACAAUGCAGCAUCCAAUUUCUUUAGUCUUGUGUCAUGCUAGCUGUCUGAAAAAGUAAUGCUACAUCACAGAAAAAUUGACACAGUUGCUCUUUUGAGAGCUGAGAAUAGCAGAGUAUUUACAAAGCUGGCAUUCUUCAGAAAUUAUACUUGUUUUUGGCAGUGAAGGCAAGAGCAGGUUAUGAUGACAGUAUAUUUAUAUAUUAGGCCUCCAAGCUAGUUCAAAAGUCUUUCUAAAGGUGCAAGGAAUUAAUCUUCCCCUGUAUGCCCCAGAGGUCUGGUUUCAAGCGAUUGCCAAAGGAUACCUGCAGCAGAACCUGGCCCGAAACACGGUGUCCAGAAUGGCAGGGCUCUGGCAUUCCCUAGCAAUGUUUGUCACGCAUUACUUCUGAUCUGUGCUUAAUUAGGUCAAGCACCCAGUUUAUAAAGAUGGACUUUUUUUUAAGCUCUUGCCUUGAAAACAUACUUUCAAAAUGAACCCAUGCUGGUUGUUAGCUAUGUGUUUUCCAAGUUCAGAAAGCUGGCAGUGCGGGCCGUGCAUUGCACAUUAGCGAGGUGUCAUGCCUUGGAAACUAGGAGCUAUGGGUUUGGGCGCUGGGGACCAGAAAUUUCAUGUACAGUGUUUCCGUAGCAGUGUAUAUGGUGAAGCUUAGCUGCGUUAUCCUUUGCUAACUUACUUGGCUGUGCGGAGACUGUGGCUACCUUGGCAGCGUGAGGCAGGUUGCUGUAGGGAUUCCUCUAGAAAGUCUGCAUUCCCUCAAGUACAUAAUCAGGUCAUCAGCCAGCUUUCAGUCUUCUCAUAUGAAAGGCUAAAAAACAAACCAAAACAAAACUGCAGAUUAUUUUGAAACAAACUUCCAUUAAAAAAAGUAGGAAAGAAUUUUAGCUCAUAUCCUAAAAGUCUUUUUAAGUGCCUGCCUUAUGUACAAAGAGAAGCAACAGCUAAGGGGAUCGUGUCUUACGCUGUGCACGACAGACAAAAACCUGAGUCUCAGAAAAGUCAAAUACUGCAGACCUGCUACACCUACAAUGUCUGGUCUACAUCAGUCAGCUCUACGAUGAGUAAAGUGUCCUGCCUUCCCUUCCCCAACGCUCGUCAUGCCACGCAUUCCUCACGUAUGCCUGCAGGCGUUGAGUUAUUUGCGCAGGCUGUAUUGUCCCACCAAGCCCGAGAUGUAUCUUUGCUCACCUGAGCAUAUCCAGACCUGUGUUCUGCACGUGCAAAAAAAAAAAAAAAAAAAAAAAAGAUGCUUCAGGUUUCUCUCAGACCAAUGGUGGUACCACGUUCUAAAGCUCUUCAGCAUUUUGCUGAAGGUAACAAACAGCCACAGCAAAGCUACUACUCAGCCCUGAGAAAACAGCAGGAGCUGCUUGGGAUGUUGCAGAAACAUAGCUGUUGCAGAUGGUGUAUGCUCUUCUGGAGACCUUUCGUAGCCCACACAGCAUCGCCGGCAGCCGGCUCCAGAACUCUGGCCUUGCCUGGGGUGGGGAUCAAGCUGUUAGCUUUUCUUAACACAGACAUAACAUGCAGUGAAACUUGAAUCUUUAAUCCCUUGUCUUGUGGCUCGAGAUGUUUUCAGGUGAUUGUCUGAACCGCAGAAAUAUGUCAGAAAAACCUCAAUGCGGAGACUGACACGUGGCAAUGGCCUUUGGGUGCCAAUCAUGACUGUCGGCGUGGAGAGCUGGACCUGGCAUAAGAACUUGUUCUCACCUCAGGCAGUGACUUAUCUUUGAGGUUUUACUGUGUGCUCCUCAGUGUAUUUGUAUGUGCUCUGAAGAAACCCAAGCCUUGGGGAAGAUAUCUAAAAGAAACCUCUGAGCGACAGCCAUUUCUUUUCUUCCCCAUUCUCUCUCUUGCUCUUUCAUGUAUACUUACAAACUUGUGUCAAAAGAAAAGCCAAAUACAGUUGUUACCAAGUUAAAUUGGAGGUCCUGUGGUGACUGUGCACAAAUUAACACAAACACCUCAGGAGUGGAUAUUACUCAUGGCUGAAGGCUAGAGCUUUUAAUACCUGUAAGGCUGAAGCAGGACUCAAGCUUUUGGGGUUUUUUUUUUUCCUACAGAGGUAGCAUGGGCAGUGCUACGGGGAGGCAAGAGGAGUAGGAAGAGCAUUCCUGCAGCCUCUGCUCACAGACAGCAGAAGCACAGAGAACAAUAUUGGCAGCCAGUCUGCACAGCCACAAAAGAAAGUAUCUGCCACAAGACAGUAUAAUGGGAUUAUUUGUCUGCACCCUAUGAACUUGCAGUGUAUCUACCCCCUCACGGUGUCAGAAGCCUGCAGUGCUGCUACAGAAAUAAGACGGACCACUGCUGAACCCCAUGUACUGUUUUUGUUAAUACUGUGCACAUACACUAGUCUGUAGGCUAUAGCUAUGAACUGCUGUUGCAAAAGCAAUGAAACACUGAAUAUCAUUUCACUGUCAAAGAGCAAUGGGCAUAAGCUUGCAGUUAAGAAGUAUCUUUUUUUUUUUUUAAUUAAAUUGCGAUAACAAAAAAACCCAAAUCCCUAAAACUAAUCCAAGUUUAAACUGCCUUUUGACUGACAACCAAAGCUGUUUAGCUCCAGCAUGCCUGUUACCAAAAAAAUAAAAUUUCUCACCUUGUUAAGAAAAUACAAUUCUUUCUUGGUAGAGGGGGGUGGUAACAGACAUACUGGUAUAUUACAGGCUGUUGGCCCAUUAUCCACCUCCUCAAGAAAUUUGUUAUUUUACAUUUUCUAAGAAAACAUGAUUAUAUAUAUGCGCGUGUGUGUAGUUACAUCUUUCAGCACCAGUCUUUUCACACAGUAUACAGAGAUGGUAAAAGUAGCAGAGCUCAUAUCGAAAUGCCAGGCUGUGCUUGUUUGGUAUGCAUUGUUCCAAUUCAGUUUAAGACAAAGUGAUUAAAACCUACCCUAGUUUCCAGCAUAAAGGAAACCGAACCUGUAGUACUAUUAAUCAAAUCAUCAUCAUGAAUAAGCAACUGGGAAAAGAGGGAGGGGGGCAUUCUUUUGUUUGUAAAUAAGCUACAGCUUCAUGGUCGAAAGCAUGCUGUUGCUCUUCCAGCAUUGACGUUCUACCGCAGAAAGCGAGGAUGAACUUUUAUUACAAUUGGACCCUUUAUUCUAGUGCAGAGUAAAUAACAUGCUGUACAUUCCCCAGAAGCUAAAUGGUGAAUACCCCAUUACAUGGUGCUAAAUAUAGGUAUGAAGGUGGUACAGACUUACUUAAAAGAAUUAAAAAAAAAAAUAUGCGUAUUUGGGGAAUAAUUAAAGAUGUACUAUCCCACUUUUCUCUAUUGCUUAAAAGUCAACUAUGAAUUGAGUUGGUUUGUUCAGAUUAACACGAAACUGCUUGCAAAAGGUUUCUUGUUCUUAAAUAAUCUUGGCAGACCCCAGUUUAUAGUAAAAUAUGUACUCUCCCACUGUCCAAAGUUUAUAUGGUUCUAUCUGCUAUUUCUAUUCUCUUGUUAGCUAUGAGACAACUUACUGUUAUAAAUCUUAAUUACAAAGUUUCUAAUGUUACGGUGUAAUCUUUUGAGCUCUCAAAUCAGAUAAAAUGGUAAAGUCACAAAUUAUGAGAACCUCAGCCAUAAAAUUGUUAAUAUGAUGUUUAUGUUAUUUUAAACAUUUAAUAAAACAAAAUAUUUUAAAACUA